GUGGAAGAGAGAGAAAGAGAAAUGAGCUGAGAUUUUGCGACGGAGGAGGUUUGUCUUUUGCGACGUAGUACGAACCCUAAAUCCUCUUUUAGCUCUGCCUUCCAUCUUCAAGCUCCCCUGAAAAUCUCAGCUUUCAUCGAAUCUUUCUCAAAGUAAUCACCUUUUUCUUCUUUCUACUGUGGAUUGGUCUUAUCGUUCUUCGAAUCAGUUUCCAGAUGUUUAGAUUCUCUUGGCGUUUUUUUUUUUUUGGCACCCAAUUAGGUGAAAUUUUGAAUUGCGUAGCGGCUCCAAAAUCAUGCUCUUCAAUAGGCUAUCAAGAUUAGGUUCUCGCAUUGUUAAAGAGCUCCCAAGAGAGAGGCAUUUCUCAAUGCGUGGAAAGAGGAUUACACAAAGGUCUUAUGGCCAAUAUCUGCAAUCUUCGCCAAUGCCACGAAGGCAAACUAGGAGUUUCCAUGAAGCAUUUUUCUCGAAUAAUCAUAUGUUUUCUGCAUCAUAUAGCACAGCCUCUGAAAAAAGUGGCGAAGAAACAGAAAAGAUAAACGUUAUCUUUGUUGAUAAAGAUGGAGAGGAAAUUCAUGUUAAGGUCCCCAUUGGAAUGAACAUCCUUGAAGCUGCUCAUGAAAAUGAUAUUGAACUCGAAGGGGCGUGUGAAGGUUCUCUAGCAUGUUCGACGUGCCAUGUCAUUGUUAUGGACACCGAAUACUACAACAAACUAGAAGAACCAACAGAUGAAGAGAAUGAUAUGCUAGAUCUUGCUUUUGGGUUAACAGAAACGUCGCGAUUGGGAUGUCAAGUCAUUGCAAAACCAGAGCUAGAUGGAGUACGCUUAGCCAUUCCUUCAGCCACCAGAAAUUUUGCGGUUGAUGGGUUUGUUCCAAAACCUCACUAGUCACACUAAAGCCUCGGAGCUGAGGGGUUAUUUUGAGUUUACACUGGUUUACUAUCCGAAAAAAAAUCUCAUUACAUAAAAUUACCCUUAGGGAGUUAUACAAAUGUAUUUCAGACGGUGAGAUUUUAAUUGCAGCCUUGUCUUAUUGUUUCUUGAGUUUGAUUUAGAUUAUUGACAAAGCUAAAGAUAUUGAUGAA